AUGUCACAGAAAUUAUGCACACUAAAGUUUACUCUUAGCGGAAAGCAGGGAAGUUUGGUUAUUAGGGAUGUUCAACUUUGGAGCAAUCGACCUAUGGCAAGUAAAUCAACUCCAGAGUGGAGGGGACAGUUUAUUCAGUAUGUAGAUCUUGGAAAACUGCCUUUGUGGAUCCGCACCAAGGACAUGAAUACAUAUAGAUGUUAUAGUACCAGUGCAACCGCACAGGCUUACUUUAAAUCAAAACUAAGGAACGCGAAUCGUGGCAUUGUGAUUGAAUUGGCUGACAAGAUUGAUCAGCGGUCACGGGAGCCAGCAUACCUCAUUAUAUUUCGAGAGAACACAGAAUUAAACUGUUUCCAAGUCGAUCUAACAAUGAAGCAUGAGUUUGACAGCCAGGUGUCCAAAAUGAAGCAAGAGAUUGGAAAAACAAGGCCGUCGGUAUCAAAGGAAGGUAGCAUUGAUAUAAUAAUACAACAAUCUCAGCAGAGGAAGAUUGGAACGAAAACAAAAGUAUACCGAAACGUCCAGAUUAAUGACAAACGGCUCCAAUUCAAUGAAACUUUGUCCAAGCUGAUUUUGGGUGGCCUCCGACUUCGGGGUAUUCCUAAUUCUACCACAGAAUUCCAAAAGUUGUACAAGGUAACAUUUGAUGCUGCCGAAUUUACGCACAGAGAUGAAUUAAGACGCAUAUCGAUGGGAUCUGGCGAAGAGGUUUCGUUCGAGUCAUUGCAGGAAACGGUGGAAGCCCUUUUAAAGCUCUUCACCAAAUCAUGA